CUCACCAUCCUCUGAAAUCUGAAUCCUUUUGGUUUCUUCUGUCCAUAUCAAGAAUCUGUGUUUUUUUAUUAAAAAAAAUGGCAAGUCUUUUGAUUCAUUAUGUUGAUUGCAAGUUCUCUAUUAUAAACUUUUUAUCUGGGGAUUCUUCCAGUUUAGGGGUUUUGAUUUAGUGUCAUACAAUAUCAGAGUAAACUAAAAUCUUGAAAUGGCUGCAGGGUGGUUUAAUACAUCUUUAAAACCUUUUGUUUAGUGGUGAUGGAUGGAUGUUUACUACUUUGUUUAGAGUUCCUCACUGCCUCAUUUAUUAAAUCAUUUCCAUGGAAAUUUCACAUCAAGGAUGACCAACUAUAACAUGCAAAUUUUACUGGAGGAAGAUAUGCUGGAUGAGUGGGUGGUUUUUGACUUACUGGAGGAAGAUAUGCUGGAUGAGUGGGUGGUUUUUGAUUGUGGUCUUAAGUCUUUAUAGUUACGGUGACUAUGGGAUUAGAGCAGGGCCAACUGAUGCAAAUAACAAUGAUGGCCACACCUAACAUCAACAAGGAGCUGCAUUACCUGAACAAGGAGGAUCGCCUGCUGCGUUGGCUUCUUGUUAAACACCGGGACAUAAAAUUUGGGCUAGAAUUCAUGGAUGAAGAUGAUGAAGAUGGCGAGUUUGAUUUCAGUGAAUUCCCUCGGGACAGCAUUUUUGACAACGACAACAGUGAUGAUUAUGAAGACAGCAGCCACGAUGAGGACAAUGACGGCGACCAAUAAUCACAAGUAAUGGAUUUCAUAACUGGAGUCGUUCUAAGAUUAGGAUUUUAUUGGCAUUACCUCUGCAAAUGUAUGCGUUGUUGGGAGUGAAAAUAUAUAUUGAUGAAAGUUAUCAUUGUGCUGCUUGUUUGAGCUUGAGCGCGGGUGAUGGGCCUACCUCAACAUUUAGGUUGCUAAUAGUUUAAUGUCAUUGAAGAUGAAGAUGUCACCAGUUUGGUUUAAUUUCAUCUGCAUCGUGCAUUUGUCCAUUGAAUAAUAAAUUUUCUAAUGUUCCCAGCUCAAA